ACCUGCAGGACUCCUCCAUUCGACAAGAGAAGAUGCUAUCAACUCUACUGGGAUCGCCAGCAGUCUUGGAGUUCAUCCUCAAAGGCAUGUCAGGCUACAGGACAACGGCUGCCAUCGAUAGAAAACGGAAGACUGCUUCAAUUCAUCAACGACAACAUCCGGUGAGAGAAGGACAACGAGACGUGCUGUAGAUAUGGCUCACGUGACUAUCUGUGGUCUGCACUGUUAGUGGAUGGUGGUGAUUCUCAUCAAUUGCACUGUUUUUUUUUCAAACAGGUAUGCUCGCGUCUGGGUCGGUCUGCAAAGAGCAGCUGAUGGUCAGCCGGACAAGUGGACCAACGGGGGGAACUUUGUCCCAAACUUGUAUCCCGGCAUUGUUCUCAACGUCAGCCGGGCAGGUCUCGACAACGGCAAACUGUGUUCUGUUGCUGACAGAAAUGCCCAAAGCGCCCUCGCCAAUGCAGUCUGCUCUGACUACUACGACAGGAUCUGCGAAACUGUGAAAACGAGUGUUUAUAAAGUCAGACCUUCUGGUCAGGUGGCUAAGGACGUCGGUCCCGGUCAGCCGAGGGCAGCUGAGUCUGUGUUGAGCUGCGUGCGCACAUGUCGUCGCGAGUUGACCUGCGUGGCGAUAAGUCACGAUGGAGUCACGUGCCAGCUGCAUUUCCCACAGGCUGGUCGCAACCUCACCGUGACAUCCAUCCCCAAAAUGUACUUCCUGCUCGAAUAACGGGAAACGAAAACCUUAAUUUCUCCUCGAAGCUGGAAUUGUAUUUUAUAUAUGUGUAGCCUGGGUGAAAAACUCUGUUUUCUG